GACUGUCGUUCAUAUAUUUUGUAUCGGUCGGUUAUGAAUGUGCAGUUGAUUGCUAAUGCGAUUCGUAGAUUUUAAAGAUUUUUGAAUGAAAAAAAAAACAAAUUCAUAAUUACAUUCUUUUAUUUUUCUCAUUAAUAUUUUUUCGUAGAUGUUAUAGUGCGGCUUUGAUUGUAAAUCUUACUAAACUUGAGUUAAAACAUAGGCCAGUUGCAAUGGUGGAUUCUCGGUGUUUAUAAAUAUUGAUUUGUUACAUAUUCAUUUUCUAAUAUAUCUGUUGUGUUUUAAAAUAUUAUGUGGUAUGUAGGUAGACGCAGUGAGUGGUAUUACUAAUAAUUCAUGCAAUGCAAAUGCAACAGAUGUUAUGUUUCUGUGAUGGCGGUUCUGUUUGCUGUGUUGUGAUUUGUUUGAUUGUGUUUUCGUGAAGAUAAUUGAUAAUUUUGACAAUGGAGGGUACAACAGAAAAGGAUUGUUCACCACUAUGGAACCUGUAUCAGUUAAUAGUAUCGGACAUGAAGAACAGUGCACCGAUGUGGGAGGAAUUCAUAUCGAAGGCUACAAAGCUGCAUUCGGCGCUAAAGUCAGCCCUCGUUGCGAUCGCCGCCUUCCUAGAUGCAUUCCAGAAGAUUGCUGAUGCAGCCACUAAUGCUAGAGGAGCAACGAAGGAGAUCGGUACAGCUCUCACCAGAGUGUGUCUGCGGCACCGUGCUAUAGAGACCAGGAUGAAGACCUUCAUAAGUACCCUGAUGGAGCGCCUCAUCACGCCUCUGACUGAGCGCGCGGACGAGUGGCGCCGCGGCUGCAACUCUUCGGGCGCUCUCGGCCGCGAACACGCGCGGGAGUGCAAGCGAGCACGAGCCGAGCUCAAGCGACGCGUGCACGAGGCCCAGCGACAGACGAGGAAGGCCAGGCGAGCCACGCCCGACCUGAAGCGUCGCGCAGAUGUCUCCCUACAGGAUAUCCAAGAACGGAAGGAGCAGUUAGAGGAGAUGGAGGAAAAGGCGGUGAAGGCCGCUCUCAUAGAGGAGAGGAGCCGCUUCUGUCACUUCGUGUCAUUACUCAACCCAGUGGUGGAGAGUGAAGUGGCAAUGCUAGCGGAAGUGGGCCACCUGCAAGAGGGCACCGAGCAACUGGAGCGACACUCCACGGAACCCAGGAGCUUACCACCUGCCAGCUUACAGGUGAUCUGCGACGUGAAGUGCUGCUACAGCGGUUGGGAGAUAUCAUCAGCGCCACACUCGCCGUCUUCAUCACGCCUUGGCAGCAGGAAGUCAUCCCUCACGUCAAUAUGUUCGCUCACCGCUCACUCCGACAGACACGAUUCAACGGUGAGUUGUUCCACGCCAAUAUCGAGUACAUCGUCGGGAGGUGCCACACCUGCUCCCACAAGUGACUCCCUGCACUGUCUCACACAGUCACCGUUCCGGCUGGCGAGCGUAUGCAGCUCAGACUCUGGUUUCCGAUCACAGGAUGCACUGCAGCGACCCUCGCUUUACGUAGAUAAUGGCUCGGACAAUAACAGCGUGCACAGCGAUUGUCUCACACCGUCGAAGACUGGAGACGACCAAACAGACGAAGGACACGAUUUGAUGAAUUCUGCAUCGGCGACGUGGCCAGACCUGAAGGACACCGCGCAGUUCGAGCGAGCAGCCAGCGCGAUCAUGGCAGGCCGACCACACACUAUAUCAGCCGGUACAGAUAGGACACAUUGCCGUCCUGCUCUAAGCGUGCAUACGUUUUCGAGUGCGAGCGAGAAUGCGCGAGACACGUCGAUAUACGCGCGGCCGCCUCUACCUACACGAUGUUCAUCUUUGGAGAGGCCAGUCAUACCCGCCAAGACAAACAGUGACUUCAAACCCAAGCCGUCCUCGCUUCCGGCACAUCUUACUAAAGAGAUCACACAAGCGCUGUACGUCAACAUGUCUGAGCUGGCGACCAUGGCGGCGUCCAGGGCGCAGCAACAGCAACAACAGCAACAGCAGCAACAACAACAACAACACAGCAACGAGAGUGCGCAACAAGAGAAGGUGUGUUCCGAGUCAAGUGCGAGCGAGUCGUCGCUAGAAUCUUCCAGCGGCUACGGGAGCCAGGGUGCCUUUGCAGCCGAAGAGCACGCUCAUCAUCAGAUGCAGCACGCGGAUGUAGAGUCGGAGAUUGUGACGCUCCGGCGAACAAGCGAGGCGGAGAUCGCCGCCGCUCGGGAGAGUUUCUCCGUGUCUCUCGGCAGCCUCGAGGAGGCGGUGCGUUCGCUAGACGAGACGACAAUGUCGCAAACGUUCGCGACCAUCAAACCAGCGGUGCCGAAGCGACGACCCGUUUCUAUGGCUGGUGCAGUAUGGUCCCGCCGCGGGUCUUCCAGCUCUGUGGGUAAACCACCGCCGCCGGUCAGGAGGUCUUCGUCCAUAUCGAGGCCUCAGAGGCCUUAUGUGCAGAAUAACGCGUGCCCGCGAGAGGUAGCUACGGACGCAGACAACCUUCCACCGCCGCCCGCCUUCCUGCUGCAGCCAGACAGCGACAUACUCGGUCACCCAGGCAUCAACGUAGCAGAAACUGUAAAACAGUUAACAGAGCUAAAGCAUAUGCCGGCUUCGCCUGGUCUAUUGCGCAGAACUAUACAAAACCAGAACACGCAACAGCACCCGAGCUUCCAGAGUCAAAAUCAAAACUUCCAGGGUCAAAAUCAAAACUUCCAGGGUCAAAAUCAGAACUUCCAGGGUCAAAGUCAAAACUUCCCGGGUCAAAAUCAAAACUUCCAGGGUCAAAGUCAAAACUUCCAGGGUCAAAGUCAGAACCACGAGGGUCAGAACGACAACCAGAACCAAAUGCUGAGCACAUUCCAGCAGGCAAAGAGUAACUUCGCGAGUACUGGCAAUGUAAACCCCAUCUAUGGACAAACGGGACACAGGAUCAUGGCUUUCGAGAAUUCUAUGUAUUUGAGGAAGAAUAGCAUACAUAGUUCGAAUUCGGAUUUAUUUAGAGACAGUAUGUACGGCGAGAUAAAACAGGCCGCGUCUCAAUCGCCGUCGAGCAACGACACGCUCUCCAGCUUUGGACCUCGAAUAAACGAUACGCACUACGGAACCACUGGUGUCAAGAUGGAAGACAAACGUCAGUCGGAGGGCAUAUACGCGUCACCCACGACGCGCCACUCGGCCAGAUCGCACAGCGCAGACAGGCAUCGUCCUCAACCGAGCGGCCUCAUCGCCAGCCUGAGUGCCCGCCUCACUCCGCAGCUCUCUCCUCGCACCACUCGUAGGACCCUCUCCCCUAUAUCUGCCAGCCCUGACACUCACAAGGUACCCAGUGCGGUGCAACCUGCCUUCCUGGACAAACUGUCGGCGACCAUCCAGAACCAACGGAGACACAUCACCGAGCGAGCGACCAACGUGCGCGACCGUAUCAACGCACACGCGCAGCCGGAUCCUCGUGUGUGCCACACUUCUCUCAUGGAGCAAAUAAAGCGCGGAGCCACUCUACGGCGGAAUAAGUACUGCAAUGAUAGAUCAGCGCCAAAGAUACGAUAAUUGACUCUAUUGUGUACACAUGAGAGGCUAUAGUGGCAUGUUCAUAAGUAUUUCAUUUAUUUUCAUCACAAUUGCAUUAUUAAAAAAUAUUCAUAUGGGAGAGCUUCUAACAAACUAUUCUAAUAGUUUGGCCGCGUGGUCAAUCAAGGAUAUUUACAUAAUUAUUCUGCUUUGAUUUUCCAACUUCCAACUAUUAUCUAUGGCAAACAUUGUUUUUUUUAUUAGAUCGUUUUUUUAUUUUGAUUUUCUUAUCAUGGCAUCUAUUAAUUUUUUUUAAAUCAUAUACAAAAAUAUUGUAAUAUAGUAUGUUAUAAAUUAAUUAUUUGUUUUAUCUCAUUUAAUAUUUAUUUAUGUGUGAUAUAAAUGUCGAAUAAAGCUACCAUAGCCUCUUAUAAGAGUAAAACUAGCGAAGUUAGACAGGUCUUGGAUAGGAAUGUCACUUGUUCGUUUAUUUAAGUUCGUAUUUGUAACUGAAAUGAUUAAAAAAAUUAUAUUGUUUAUUUCUUUCUGUGACAGUUGUCCUUCAUUAUUGAUAAUAAAGAUUAUUUGUACUCCUUUAAUACAAUUUCUAUUACUUUCCUUUGUUUGUAAAAUACUAAAUAACAACUUUGAUUUGUUUAACUGUGUGUUAUGUACAUGGCGCUAUAAUUGGGUAUUUUUUUUUUUAUUAUAAAAUAAUAUUAAUAUAAUGAUGUAUACUGAAAAUAAAAUUAAAAUCAAACAAAGCAAUUAAAAUAUUCAUUUAAACUCUUGGAGUAAGGAGUCUGCUAUUACUAUCUCACCUAACAAAAUUUUGUAUAGAGCUCUACUAUGGCAAAACUAAGAUAAGAAUAUGACGUCACAAUUUAUUAGGGCUGUCUCUGUCUAGUGAGAAAUAUUACAUUUCUUUACAUCUUUUUUUGUUAUUACAUCGAUUGCAUUAGUUUUUUCAACAUUUUAUUUGCUUUUAAAUCUAGUUUAAAAAAUGACUUAAAUUCAAAUUCAAAUAGUUUUAUUCAAAAUAGGAUGUGAAAUCACUUAUUAUAAGUCAAAAACUACCACCCAUUCCAAAAAGAACGCUUCCGACUUGAGAAGAAUGGGCUCAACAAACUCAGCGGGAUUUUUUUUCAUCAAAAAAUAUGUUUACAAAGUAAUAUUGUACAAUUAAACUUAUUAUUUAAUAGCCCGAGGGCGGUCGCUCCAUUCCCAAUCUGUGGAAUCACAUAAAAAUCAAUAUUUUGAUUUGAGUAUAAUGCCCAAUUAUAGGGGCCGAGCCGAAGUGCUGGUACGCUAUUGGCGGAUGUGACAUGUACCGAUAGUAUAACAAACACAAUUAAUGUAUUCCGUCUAUUUUUAAGAUACUUGAUAAGUGUUCUCAGUUCAGCAGUGUUGAUAGCAGCCUAUUUCAAUAUGUUUGAUUGUAAAUUUAAUAUGACAUUACAAUAUCUUUUCAUGAUCAUCAUUAUGUAAAAUGUUAGUAUCAUUGCCAAAUGUACGAUAGUAUUAAGAGUGUUAUGUAUUUAAGUAACUAUUUCAUUCUUUCUACGUUUGUUAAAUGUUUUUUAGCAAGUAUCGUCAAAAUUUUUGAUCUAUUUUAUGUACCUAUUCUAAAAAAAAAUCCUCGAAUGACCUAAUUACUUAUAAUGUCCCCAUUACGUCUUAGUUACAAAGUUUGCAUGAAAAUUGUAUAUAAAUUAAUUAAUUUCUAUAAUAAUUGAAGUAAGUCGGUUGAUAAUUAGCCACGUUUCAUUGGUAUCUGUUCAAUAAUUUCUGCAUUAGAGCAAAAGCAAUAAACAUUCCUCCGUUUGAUAAUACGUAUUUGUUCAAUUAGUGGUAAUGCUUCCUGUAUAAUAUAUAACACAACUUCAUAUUUAUGUCUAUAUUAUUAAACUUCAUACUUUCUCUUAACAUAAGUGUUUCCGGUCGUAAAGCAGAGACAGUUUCGGCAUUAACCUACCUUUGUCUGUAUUUAAAAAAAAUAUACAACUUCGCUGGGAGAUGGAAGUAUUACAAGUACCGAAAAUCAUCAAUUUAUAAUAUACCAUCGAAAAUUAUGUCUACAAUACCUACUGUUUUAUUUUAUCGCGCAAUUUUUAAAUAUUAUCAAUACCUACCCAGGUCGAUACUGAAAUAGAAAGAGAAUUGUACCCGAUUGACAAGGAUAGCUUGUAAAGGUCAAUGACCGAAAUUCUCUCUGCUGAGCGUCGACAGUAUUAAGGCUGCAUGUACAAUUAAAUUGACGUCCAAUUGCUUAGGGAAGAAAGAUCUCUUUUGUACGAACGUUAGCUUUUUCAUGACUUUUGAGUAAGUACUAUGUAAAUGUUGUAGAAACUAUAGGAAAUAUUAAUUGUAAGACAUAAUUGGAUGUUCUUCAAUGUUUUAACAAACAGUUCACAACUUUUAAUGUAAGUACCUGCUAAGGAUUAUUGAACCUACUAAAAAUUUUGAUUUUGAAAAUCUAUCUAAAACUAUUGUAAUUUGACCUUUUUGCUCAUUUUGGGAAAUUAUUUAUGAGAACGCGUUGAUAAAAAUGUAACAUAUCUUAUCGUAUAGAAAUUUUAAACAUCAAACAUAUCGAAUAAUGACUGAGGAUUAUUAUUAUUUCGUCGUUAAAAACUUGGUCCUAUUACCGUUUUAUUAACGUGAUCAAAUAAGGAUCUGAGAUAAUUUAUACGUCUAGAAAGAGCUUCUUGCCCCUAGACUACCGAUUAAAACUGGCCUGGUGUAUUACCUCAGUGUGCCUGACAAGCUGCGUCUUACACUCGCGAUUUGGAUACCACUUUGUGUUAGUGUGCGUGCAUUGCUGAAAAUAGAGGUUAACUGUUAACCUCAAUUUUUUCAGAGCUGUCACAGUCCAUCUAGACGUAUAAAUGAUGACAGCUUAGUCGUAACACUAGUUUUUUUGAACAGGCCAAUAAACAUUAUCCAUGAGCUGAAAUUGUGAAACGGAGCUUGUUUUUUAACACUUUUUUCAAUAAUCUAUAUUCUCUUUCAAUCUAAUAAUAUGUUAUGGUAUGCCAUUACUGUAUAAACAUUUGCCGUUGUGUAAUUGUAAAGUACGGACAUUUUUAGUGUUUAUUCCACUUAACUUACAGCUUAUAAAUAGAUAUUAUAGAAUAUUGCAAUAAAUUAUGAUUGAGUUAAAUCGUCUCAUAAUUUUAUUUCAUUGUUUAUGGGUACUAUAACAAUAUCGUAAUUAUUUUGAUUAUAGUAAAUGCUUGGCAGUUUAGAUAUUUCAGUGUGCUUUCAAUAAUUGUGUUAAUUCCAAUAAUAUAUUUAACAAUAUUAAAUGUAGAAAGAGUAAUAAGUAUAUAUAAUAUAAUCGUAAAUAAAUGUAUUAAUUUUAAGGUGAUUUUAAAUGUGCUAGAACUAUAAGCAAUAACUAUGCAUACGUUUAGAAAAGCAUAUCUCAUUUGGAGUUUAUAAUUGGCGGCCAUGAAUGGCACCUAUUUUGUCUAACAGUUUCAUAAUUAUUAUUGCCAGAAUAUUUAUAUGAUGUUUUCUUUUUUAAAUAGCUUUUAUAUCCUUUUUUUGAAAGCGUAGCUAGAGAUGUUAUAAGUCAGGCUGUAAAGUUAUUAUUUUUUACGUGAAUUAUAAUAGAUAUACUAAUUUAAUGGAAUCGCUCGUUCCUUUAAAGUAUCGUAUGUUUUUAAUUAUUUCAAGCCUCGUACAUUUUAGAAUAAACUGUACUGAUGGUGGUUAGGUGUGUAAUUUAUUAGUAAUACAAAGCUACAUAUCUAUGUAUACAUAUUUCAAUGGUGAUUGUGUUUCUGUGCUUCGGUGUAUUUUUAUGUUGAUAUUGUAGAGUUGACGAGAAAGUGAAAUUAAGUUGACAAUCUUUUGUUAGUCGGGAUUAACUGACGCAUAACGUAGGUUGUGUAUUAUGGAUUAUGACUUCGAUAUAACAGCACUAAAGCGUCCAUACGAUAGUGAGAGGGGAAAAAGUGGGUCGGGAGGGGAAACAAUCAUUCCUUUCGGGUCUCGAGACAAGUUUGUCAUAUUGUACUCUGUAGUUAUAGCUUCAUCCAAAAGGAUAAAUCCGUUACGUUUUUUAUACCUACAUAAAAUAUAUCAAUAUGCAGACGUUUGUACUUUGUACCAAAUAACUUCUAUAAUCGUGCAGUAUUUUCUUUUUACAUAGUUUUUAUUACAAUUUUUUCAUAUUUCAAAUAUUGUUUCAUUUUAAAGACGUUCAAUCGAACUUAAUUCGCUUUCUCGUUGUGCAACUGUUCUGUCUAUGUAUAAUCGAUCUUUAUCUGUGUAAUGUUUGAGACAGUAAAAUGAGGGUAGCCCGAUAUUUGGUUACGGUAAUGUUUGAGAAUUAAUGGAUCGAUUUGAAAUAAAUAAUUUAAUAUUGUAA